GCCGCCGUUACCGUCCGGCUCGGGAGGAGGCGGCGGCGCCAUCAUGAGCUACUCAGGUUAUGGAGACUGGAAUUCUGGGACAAACAGAGGCAAGUACAGUAAAAAACAGAGUCAUUUGCUGACAGGGUAUGAGGGGUACGGUUACGGUUAUGGCUACGGGCAGGACAACGCCGGCGGUUACGGCUACGGCAUGGCCUCCAACUCCUGGGAAAUGGCCAAUUCCGACAUGGACAUGAACCCCGAGGGCUCGGGCGGCAACGCUGACGCCGUCCUGGCCAAAAUGAACCAGCGCCUGGACAUGGUGUCGCACCUGGACGCGGAUGCCAUGCAGGGCGGCCACUACGGCUCCGGCGGAGACAGGUACGACUCCUACGAGUCCUACGACUCCAGGUCUUCCCUGAACGAACGUGACAUGUACCGGCCCGGCUACGACUACGACUACAACGAGCCCGAGCACGACAACGACGGCUCCUACGAGGGGCCCUACGACAACUUCUAUGGCAACCGAAGGGAUCAAUAUCCCAACAGGGCCAGGGACAACUUUGGCCAACGAGGACAGAACUGGGGGAGAGAGGGACGUAAUAACAGAGCCGGUGGCUCGUCCUACCCCGGGCGGAUGGGGGGACAGUGGAACGAACCUCCUCAGUCCAUGGGGUCGCGAGGUUUCGGUCACCACGGCUCUUCCAGGCUUCCUUCUCUCUUCUCCCACAACAUCAUCCCUGAAUUUGGCAUGUUCCAGGGGAUGAGAAGCUUCUCAGGAAACAGGUACGGAGGGGGGAUGAUGAAGCAGCAGAUGAGGAGGAACUGGAGAAUGUGGGACUCGGAUUUCAAACUUCAGAAAAAGAAAAUGAAGAAAGAUCUCACAGGGAAGAAACGGAAACAAACCAACAGCUCCGAGGAACCCGACAGCAAAGCGGCCAAAACCGACGGCUCCGACAACUCCGACUCUGACAACGAGGAGGGAACAGAAGGAGAAUCGGGAGAAAAAGAGGAGAAGGAAGGUUCCAGAGGUGAAGGGGAAGAUGAAGAAGGAAGAGAUUCAGAGAGAGGUGCUCUGAGCAUUCAGGAGGAGAUCAGUCAGAUCAAAAGGAAGCUGCAGGCGGGCAAGAAAACUCAAGAGAGGCAGAAGAAGCGGCAUCGGGAUCGCAUGGUGGACAGGAUCCAGUUUGUUUGUUCCUUGUGCAAGUAUCGGACCUUCUACGAUGAUGAGAUGAACAAUCACCUCGAGAGCAAAUUCCACAAGGAGCACUUCAAGUUUGUGGGCACCAAGUUGCCUCAGCAAACAGCUGAUUUUCUCCUGGAAUAUGUGGCCAAUAAAACACGGAAAACCGAGGAGAGACGCAAAGGCAUCGAGGACAUCAACGCUGCCAUCCAGCAGAUCUACAGGGACCAGGACCUCACCCAAGAUGUCGGGAUGGAGCACUUCAUUAAGAAGGUGGAAGCUGCUCACUGUGCUGCCUGUGACCUCUUCAUCCCCAUGCACGUUGGCUUCAUCCAAAAGCACUUGAAGUCCAUCGACCACAACCACAACCGCCGGGCCAUGAUGGAGCAGUCCAAGAGGUCCUCGCUCAUGGUUGCCAGGAGCAUCCUCAACAACAAGUUCAUCAGCAAGAAGCUGGAGCGGUACCUGAAGGGCGAGAAUCCUUUCACAGAUGACCCAGAAGAGAAAGAGGAGCCCGAGGAAGGAGAAGGAGGAGCCAGUGGGAACGUAGAGGAAGGAGCAGCAGAAGGAGCAGAUGAAAACAAGGACGAGGAGGAAAAUCCAGAGGAGGAAAAUCCAGAAGAAGAAAAUCCAGAGGAAAAUGUAGAUGAGGAAAACAAGGAUCCCAAGGAGACCCCAGAAGGAGCUGAGGAUGAGGGGGAGCAAGAAGAAACAGGGCCAGAGACAGAAAUGGAGGCCCAAGCACAAGGCGAGGCAGAGGCCGGGGAGCAGACGGGCUCGGGGCCGCCCCCUGAGGAAGAGGAAGGUGUGGAAGCAGCUGAGGAGGAGGAAGGAAGUGAGGAAACUGCAGCACAAGAGGCUGAAGGUGCAGAGUGAACACUGAGGGAGAAAGCUGGUGUGGGAAAGACCUGCCAAGUGUUGGUUCCUCCAGCCCAUAAGUGUGUCUGUGAGUCCAUCACCCACCUGCUGAGCUCAUCCCACCCAGCCCAGGCAGUGGGAGCCUGUCAAGUGAUGGAUGAUUGAUUGAUUGAUUGAUUGAUUGGUUAUGGGGGGGGGUUGUUUUGGAAAAUAGAGGAGCUGUGUUUUUUUUACCAAACCUUGAUUUAGUAGCUAGGUUUUGUGCUGUCUCUGGGUUGUUCUUUCUUUUAGGUGGCUUUGUACUAGGAGAGUUUCCUUGCUGAGCAUGUGUGCGACCAAGCACCACGUCACCAUCCACCAAACCAACCCUCUUUCCUUUGCCCCAACAACCAAAUCCUUCCUGUGCUUUGUUCCCCCAUCCCCCUUGAACCUGUCUGUCUGGAGAUGCAGUUCCAUGGAGGGGAGGGAGGGGUGAAAGGUUGAUUCCUGCAGGGAAGGCUCUGCAGAGCUUCCCCAGGCCUGUCAUGUUCCCUCCCAGCUGUUCUGUUCCCACGUGCUGUCACCCUUGUGUCGUCUGUUCAAAUGCUUUUUCGUUUGCAAGGUGAAAUGUCGUGGUGGGUGGAGAUAAAAGGACUUGUCCUGAGCUCA